AAUUCUUCCCAUUCUCACACGGCUAUCGAGUCUCUUUGGCGCACGCAACUCCCAUUCUGUCUCCGCCACCUUCACUUUCUGCUAGAUCUCGCGGACGCCUAACAAGUGCCACGACUCGGGAAGCGAAGAUCAUCCUUCCCACGCCAUAAUGGGCUGCGCAACGCGAGGCAUGUCCUUGCCGCUUCUUCUGCUUGCUCUUUUCGUGGCGUCAACUUCCGUCGCACCUGCAUCCGCGAGGCCCUUCUCCGCACGGCGCAGUCUCGCCCUCAAGGCCCUCUCGACGGGCCCCGUCGCGCUCCUCAAGCAGAUCACCUCACCCACCCCAACCGUGCUGCUCAAGACCCCGUUGACCCAGCCCGCGUCAACCGUGCUCCUCAGCUCCCCAUACAUCUCGCCCGUCAAAGUCUUGGCGGCCGUUGACCAAGUCGACCCCACUGGCGGAGACCUGGAUGGAGACACCGGCGGAGACCUGGGCGGAGACACCAGCGGUGGCCUGGGAGGAGACACGGGCGGGGACCUGAGCGGAGACACGGGCGGGGGGCUGGGCGGAGACACGGGCGGGGGGCUGGGCGGAGACACCGGCGGAGAUCUGGGCGGAGACACCGGCGGAGAUCUGGGCGGAGACACCGGCGGAGACGUUGGCGGUGACACGGGAGGAGACCUGGGCGGGGACCUGGGCGGAGACACGGGCGGUCCUGGCGGAGACACGGGCGGUCCUGGCGGAGACACUGGCGGAGAGACUGGCGGAGACCAGGGCAUGCUUUCUUCCCUGACAUCAAGUGUGAAGUCUGUUCUUGUUGUAAAUCAUAGGUUGACAUGACCAGUGUUGUAAACUUAGUAUGUCUACUGCAAUGCAAGCUCGCUGUAUCUCUUUUUUUGCCCAAUUUAACAGA